UAUAUAUACACAUGAGCCAUUCUUUCUAUCAUCAACGAGCAGCUAGCAACCCAAUACCUUUAAUCUUUUCAUACAUCUCUUCAAAAAUUUCAAGCUUUCAAAGAGAAGACAUAGAAAUGGCUUUGGUGAGAAGUCUACUGGGUUCAAAGAAGAUUCUUGGCCGGUCCGUCUCAGCAGCUUCCACGAGCAAAAGAGCAUCAUCAUCAGCACCUAAAGGGUUUCUUGCGGUGUACGUAGGAGAGAGCCAGAAGAAGAGAUAUGUGGUGCCAAUCUCAUACUUGAGUCAGCCUUCCUUUCAAGCUCUUCUCAGAAAAUCUGAGGAAGAGUUUGGGUUUGAUCAUCCGAUGGGUGGCUUAACGAUCCCUUGUCCUGAAGAUAUCUUCAUCAACGUAACGUCUAGACUUCAAUGUUGAUUAUCCAAUCUUUUCUUCUUCCUGAGUUAGAAAUUAGACUUAUUCAUUGUAAAGUAUAUAUGGGAGAUUUUUCUCAUUUCUUUUUUCUAAAGUUGUGAAAGUAAAUACCAUUUUCAUGUUAAACUAAUGCACUUCUGAUG